AUGGAGGGUCUAGGAGUCCGUCAAGCUGCCCAACGAAUUCAACAAGUAGCAUCAGAUGACCUUGAGGUCUAUGAAGAACCUGAAGUAAUAGAGACACCCGCAGGCACAAGGACGAGAAGAAGUAAACCAUCACCGCCAUCCAACUUUAGUGGUCGGUGGCCUGCUGGUAGUACUAGUACACCUCAAGAAAGUAAAGACCUACCACACGAACAGAUGACUGCCUUGAGAAGAGACUUGCACAAACAGAGGAAAGAUAUGCAAAAUAGAAAGUCGGAAGGCCGUAAUGCAGGGACGGGAAGUCCUUUCAACCCUGGUAUGAAUAGGAUGGACAACAGAAAUGUUGGUGUUUCCCCUACGACAAAACAUACCACUCAAGAUGUCAAUCGAAGUCGACAGCAGCUAGCUGGGCCAUCGUCCAACAUCACCACAUCCGUUACCCCAUCACGCCAGCAUCAGACAAGAGUCGCUCUCGGUAAACCCCAGCGGAUUCCUGCCCAUCUGUCUCAACCUCCCGAUGCUUCAUCCACCCCUCGUGCUGGUCCUUCAAAAAACCGCAAACAGAUAUCAUCGCCAUCGAAGUUGCGCACACCAGAAGAGGUCAUAGAUUUCGACACUCUAGAAAGUGAUGAAGAUCAUCAGGUCGUGCCUAGUAGUUCAAGGGGCGCAUCACCCCAUAAACCUUCUUCUUCAGAUCAUCGACGAGCAUCCAGUACCGAUUAUACAAAAAGAUCAGCUCAAGCUUAUAAUCUACGAUCACCUCAGCAGCCAUCUACUGGAAAAGGAAAAGAGAAGAUGAGAGAUAAUGGAUAUCAUGCGAACAGCAGUCCUACGAAAGGUUCUGGUUCUGGUCUGCCAUUGCAACCGGAACCGGAAUCGGAUCCUAUCAGAAAUCCAAAUGGGACAUUCAAAGCAGAUAUGAAUAGGAAGAAGAUAUAUGAGGUUCCCGACGACGAUGAUGAUCCAGGAGAUGGUCCAGGCAAAGGACAAGCCCCGAAGCACAAGUCGUCAAAUCAGUGGCAGCGGUCCUUGAUCAAUGAUACGAUAAGUCGAUCGGGCGAGAAAACCGAGAGGAAGCCUAAACACAGUAGAAUGCAGGGCAAGGAUGGCAAAGUCCCAUUGCAGCAUGCGCAGAAACCUACACCUGCCCGACAAACCCUGAAAGAUCGAAUGACAAGACCGCCGGAUGUGAUACCGUCUGCCUUUGGUCACCGGAACCUAACCCGCCCAACUUCCGAACAGGCCAGUGCAGAUGUCACAAUGGCAUGGCUCGUUCCAGAUCGAAGGCUCAAAGUCAAUGCUAUGCAACUCAAAAACGAUGCGUUGAUGGUCUCUGGUACUGUAGGCCCUUCAAUAGAAUGGUGGGAUAUCAACCUCGGCGAUAUUAGUCAGGCUGAUACAUGCAACGCUAAGGAUUGUCCGUUCAUGAUAUUGACGGUGUCAACAGUGAGGCCUUUGGCUGAAAGGAGUAUAGUGAAGCUGUUAGCUGCUGGAGGUAGUGCAAAUUAUCAAGGCAUUGACGCAUCCCCAAGUAUUUGUCUUUCUCUCAAACCCGGUGAAAGUUCGAAAACCCUUAUAGACGCUCUAGGGGUGGAUCUCGUGCAUUUGGAAAAGAAGCGAAAUAUCUUGGAUGUGAGAGCAUGCGAAACUUUACGUUCGUCAUGUAACAUCCAGUCGCGGGAUACUAGAUCACGAGCGGACGAGGCGAGACGUCAGAAGCAGAAAGCUGAAUUGCAAAAGGAGGUAGAGGGACCAGGCUUACGACCCAGAGGACCCAGGAAAUCAUCGGCGAAAGAUGAAGAGUCCUCACGUCCCCCUAAAAGUGGCAGCAAGGACAAGGCAGAAGACAAUAGCACCCAGACGAAGUUGGUCUUUCCACCCGCUCCUAAGCCACAGCCCCGUCGUAGUAUUCGAAACACGGCAAAGACUGUACACGAUCUGGAGGACUCCGAUACUGGACAACCAGAAAACAGCAUUGUAGCUAGACCCAGCAAACCGUCGCGGUUUAUUGGUGAUCGUAAUGAAUUGUUGUUCCCCUACCCAAUUACUGGUCGAGCGGAUGUAAACAUCACUAUAGGAGAUGCUCAACGUAUAGAGACGGAAGAAUUCCUAAAUGAUACGUUGCUCGAGUUUGGAUUGAGGCAUGUACUGUUUAACCUGGAGGAGAGGCGAAGGGAUCAAGUGCAUCUAUUCAACUCAUUCUUCUAUGAGAGGUUAUCCAAUAGGGCUAAAAGACCCCAGAAAGGCGAGACUUUUUGGCCAGGAUACGAAUCUGUCAAGAAAUGGAGCAAAGGGAAAGAUAUCUUUGGCAAAAGGUUCGUGGUAAUACCAAUUAACGAGAACUAUCAUUGGUACUUAGCUGUGAUUAUCAAUCCCAGUGGUAUCCUCCGUCCCAAACCUAUAGAAGACGACUCGAUAUCGGUGAUACAUCAACCAGGGGCUCGAGCUACCGCUAGCGAACACGAUGGGGAAGAUGCAGCCAAUGUCGAUGAUCAAUUGAGAACGGCCGAUCCGCCAAGAGUGACUGACUCCGAUCUUGAGGAUCUCAAUAGUGAUACGGAAGACCAGCCGUCUCGCCACCCUACUCCAGGGCCCAGCAAACCCCUGUCAGCCAGACUCACUCGACCACCAAACAGUAAGGAGGAGGAACAGGAGAGGACUAAUGACAUUUCGAUGAUGUCAAAUGACCCAUUAGAUUGCAUCAGCAAUGGAGAUGGCGAAGGGGAAAGCUCUGAUCUCCGUGUGAGCCAAGUAUCAAGUGGUGUUGAAAAGAUGGACAUCAGCUCGGAGAACGGGCAGGAAGAAGAAGUUGAUUUUGUCGGUGGAGGAGCUCCGAUCCUGACGUCCACCAUGAUGGCGGUACAAGAACAGAACAAUCAGAUUCGCAAUGCAUCGCAGGAACCCGCCGGUGAAAGUCAAGUGAAGAAGACACAGGCUCGACCUGAUGUUCAGAUCAUAGAUAGUCAAGAUACCUGGAUACUCACCCUCGAUUCUCUCGGUGGACCCCAUAAGGCCGUUGGUAACCAACUGAAUCAGUGGCUCAAGUAUGAAGCGAGGGAUAAAAAGGGUAUAGAAUACGAGCCCGUGGAUGCCUUAUACCAUGAAGCUAAGGUCCCUCAACAAGGCAACUUCUCCGAUUGUGGUCUGUUUGUGGUUCACUAUGCCGAAAAACUGCUGCAGAAUCCUAAUGAGGUAUUGAGAUUCGUCCAGCGACGCCCACCGUUCUCCAAUACACCUGAACGCGAGCCAUGGGUGAAUGAAAUGAAUAAAGCUUGGAGGAAAGACGACACAGAAGGUCUGCGAAACGAAUGGGCGGGAAUACUGGGUAGUCUUGCGGAUCAUUAUAAGAUAAUUCAAGGCUCCAAAACUGACGAGAAGCAAAGUAAAGAUGUGAGCUCGAACUCGAAUCAGGACCAAGGCAUGGAGAUGGAAGGAAUCAUCGACACUUCACAAUCUGAAUCUGUCACUGCAAUCGGAGCUUCACAAUUUCCUCCUAUGGCUGAUACAUCUUCAACUGUACCCGAAGAUCUGAUACCCGGUGCUUUUCCUACACCCAUCGAACCAGUAGUUCCGACUGAACCUGAGAAGAGCGCAAGUCUGACACCACCACCACCUAUGUCACGCGGCGCUUCAAACACAAGCAAGAAAGGUCCUUCCUGGGCGACUAGAUCACCUACACCUGAUGUUGAAACAAGACGCGAUAGGUCCCGAAGUCGAACAGGAAGUAUCGCACCGGAACUACGGGGACGUGCACUUUCUGCUACCUCAACUACUAGGAGUUCAAAAUCACCUGAAAAAGAUAUUCCCGUUCGUCAUUUCCCCCCUAAUCCUACUCGAACGGCAAAAACCCCUGGAAGAAGCUCGAUCGAAGUUGGAAGGGUGCACCAGAGGGUAUCGCAGUUUGAACAAACAGAGCGCGAUGCUACCACCGAUAAUAGGGUGGGAAGUAGAGAAUCGGAAGAGAGAGAAAAUAGAUUAAGGGAAGUAGAACACCUUCGACCGAAACGAACACCUUUACAGGAAAUUUCGGAAACUACUCCUGCUUCUAGUUCUAGGGUAACUGCUGCUCUGAGUUUCGCCUUUUCAGAGAGUGAAGAUAAAAAUCAUGACGUUCUUGCUGGUAUGGUAGAUGAUCCGAUAGAAGCUAGUCCAUUCGCAAAUCUGGGAAAAGGUGCACCUAGACAAUCUUCUCCUAGACGGUCAGUCAACCAGCUCGCCUCGUCACCCCUAAAUGCUACAAGCAGAAAUAGAAACACAGACACAAGCGACCAUGAAAGGAUGACUGUUGACAUGGAGGGUAUCUCAAAUCAGGAGGAGGAGGAGGAGCAGGAGGAAAUAGAAGAAGACAAGAACUUUUUCGCGAAAUUCAGCGGAUCUCAUCAACGUUCAGAUGAAGGUAUAAAAACUCCAGCUUCGAACCCUUCAACAGAGGAGAACGAACCGAUCGAGAAUCUGUUCCCCAAGGACAAAUCUCCAGUUGUGCAUUAUAAGUACGGCAAGAACGGAAAGAACAAAUCAGUCUCGCAAAAUCAAGUUAAUCUACCGAGUAAACGGACAAGAUCGACAUCUAACAAUGCGAUUAGCGGUAGUAUCAGUAAGAAGAACAAGAAGGAUGAUGGGAAUGAUAAAGGCGAUGGUAGGACUAAAGAGGAAGCUAUAACUAUUGAUUCUGACUAG